UUUUUUUUUUUUUUUUUUUCCAUUGUAUUGUGCUAGGUCAGACUUGAUGAUUUUUGUGAUACAUUUUUGGAAAUCUUUUGACACGCACCAGAAAUCACAGUCUGGUAUAUGGCUGCUGUUCUCUGUAUAGUAUAGACCCCUCUGUAAGGAGGUCUACAGUAUUAAAUUGUUACAGACAAAAUGUUUUACAGAAUUUUGAGAACAUCAAUUUGGAAUGGUUCUCUUACAUUUGGUAGUGAGCUGUGUUAAAGAUUCACGGUGUUACUAUUAUAGAUUUAAGUGAUCUGUCGGAUAAAAGUAAUAUGUCGGAUUUAAGUGAUCUGUCGGAUAAAAGUAAUCUGUUGGAUUUAAGUGAUCUGCCAGAUUUAAGUGAUCUGUCAGAUUUAAGUGAUCAGCUGUUGGGUAAAAGUUAAUAUGUUGGAUUUAAGUAAUCUGUCGGAUUUAAGUGAUCUGUCGGAUAAAAGUAAUCGGUUGGAUGUAAGUGAUCAACUGUCGGAUAAAAGUAAUCUGUCGGAUUUAAGUGAUCAGCUGUCGGAUAAAAGUAAUAUGUCGGAUUUAAGUGAUAUGUCGGAUUUAUGUGAUCUGUCGGACUGUGUCAAGGAUGGCAAUGUUCACCCUGGACCGCAUUUUACUAAAGAACGUGUGACUUUAAUUAAAGACCAAUAUCUUCUUUUGUAAUUCAUUUCAUUCUUUACGUGGAUUAAAUUGUGAUUUUGAUGUGAAUAAAAAUAAUGUAGUUAUGUAAAUGAUAUAAGUAUGAUCUCACAAAAUUAAUCAAGUUUUUAGAAGUAUGCAGUGUUUGAAACUUAAGUUUUUAUAUGCAUUCGUCAAAGACGGGAUACCGUCAUCCGUCUGUCCGGACCUUGUAGGUGUAAUACAAAAUUAACUGUAAGCUCCAGUAUCUUACAACAAUACUUGGUACUUUUGAUCACCUUGAUGAGAGGAAGAUGCCUAUUGUUUUUCAAGGUGAGACGUCAAAGUUAAUAGGAAAACCUUGAAGGCAGAAUACAGAUCGACCUACUGGAGCUGAGGAUCCUACGUACAUUUGAUCACCAAGAUGAGACGAAGAUGCCUAUUAUUUUUCAAGGUCAAGGUCAUAAUAUCAGUUGAUAGGAAGACCUUGUAGUCGGAAUACAGACCAAACUAUUGGAACUAGGAUCUUACAACUCGAUUCAAUAAUAUGACAAUGAUAAACCUCAAGGAGUUGCCGUAGCCAUGGAACUUGUGGUUGCCAUAGCAAUAGGAGUCCUGUCCACCAUAUUUGUUGCCUCAGUGGUUGCCUUGGUAUUUGUCUGCCGUCAGAAGUGUAAGAAAGAGGCUGACCACAUCACUCAACAACACAGAGAGACGAGGCCAGAUGUUCAGUUGAUCGAGGAGGAUAUCCAGCGACCUGGGUCUGCAGUAGUGGAGCUGGAAGAUGUGCAGAUCGGAGAUCCAAAACUGGACCAGAUCCUGAAGGAUGAAAACUGGGUUGAUGAUGUCACGGGUUUGGUUCCACACUGCUUGUCUGUUCUGAAAACUUGCAAGUAUUUAACGGAACAGCUGGUUGGCAUGACGAUGGGAAACUCCCAAACUAUACAGACCCAGGAACUGUUAACAGAGGUGGUUACCGUCGCCAAGAGGAUAAGUCCUCGUGUGGACGAGGUCGUCAUAGCGAUGUAUCCACCACUGGACCCUCGUCUCCUAGAAGCCAGGUGUACGGCCCUUGUAUUGUCCGUGAAUCACCUGGUACUUGUCACUAAACAUGCUUGCCAUUUGUCCGGAGAAAUGGACUGGAUCGACCAGAAAAUGGCCGAUGUGGAAGACCAUUUAAGAGUAUUACGAGAGGCCAGUCUUGGUCUAGAAAUGUCAAAAUGGAUGUCUGAGAGUCUACCUGAGGAGGAGGAGGAGACACCUACAGCUUCUAGUAUACCACAGAGUGAAUCAUCACAAGUUUAGCAUCUCGUUAACCCCCGCUGGACCUCUGAGUGUCCUCAUAUCACAGAAAAAAUCAUCUCGUUAACCCUCGCUGGACCUCCGAGUGUCCUCAUAUCAAAGAAUGAAUCAUCUCGUUAACCUUCACUGGACCUCCAAGUAUCCCCUCACUGGAUGUCACAGUAUCGUCAUAUCACAGAAUUAAUCAUCACAAGUUCAGCAGCUUAUUACCCCUCGCUGGACUUUAAAUAUAAAUAACACAUUCAUAGCAAAAAUCUUCAUAAAUUUAACACCUCAUCUCCAUAAGUGAGUCAGCCUUCCCCCUUGUACCCCACUAGAUUAUAGUAAUUUUGUAUCACAGUACCCCCCCCCCCUCCCCCCAAUAGUUUGAGUACUUAAGCACUCAGUUUCUACUGAUAUAAACCCUCUUUUCAUCAUCUCAUUGGGCUCACGGCUGGUGUGACUGGUCGACAGGGGAUGCUAACUUCUCCUAGACACCUGAUCUCACCUCUGGUGUGUCCAGGGGUCCGUGUUUGCCCAAAUAUCUAAUUUGUAUUGUUUAUAGGAGUUAUGAGAUUGAUCUCUGUUCGUUAUCUUCACCUUUCACACAUCUGCUCCACAUCCCCCAAUCAUCUUCAUAUCAUCUACAUGUCCAGCUUGCUUUCACUUGUUAGGAGUAGAUAGAAUAGGUCUAUACACAGCUAAACAAUUUAUUAUUGUCACAGUAUUACAAAUACAAAAAGUCCAUUGUAAUGGUUGAUGCAUGUAUAUACAAAUUAAGCUAUGAUGUCGUAAUCUAUAAAUACAAAUUAAGCUAUGAUGUCGUAAAUACAAAAAGUCCAUUGUAGUGGUUCAUAUAUACAAAUUAAGCUAUGAUGUCAUAAUCUAUAAAUACAAAUUAAGCUAUGAUGUUGUAAUCUAUAAAUACAAAUUAAACUCUGAUGUGAUAAUCUAUAAAUACUAAAAGUCCAUUGUAGUGGUUCGUAUAUACAUAUUAAGCUAUGAUGUCAUAAUCUAUAAAUACAAAAAGUACAAAUAUCUGUUUUGAAUCAUACUGAUGUAAUCAUAUAACAGUUAGAUGUAAUGGGUGCGUGACACUGCUAUGUAGCUUCACAUGAUUGUAAGAUGGAUUUUUCUUUGGGGGGGAGGGGGGAGAUAUAGAAGUAUUUUUUGUAUUGUAAACUGUUGCAUUGUAAGAUGAAGUUGGGUUUGUUUUUUUUUUGAAGGGGGGGGGGGAUAUAGAAGUAUUUUUUGUAUUGUAAACUGUUGCAUUGUAAGAUGAAGUUGGGAGGGUUUUUUGGGGGGUAGGGGGGGUAUAGAAGUAUUUUUUGUAUUGUAAACUGUUGCAUUGUAAGAUGAAGUUGGUUUUUUUUUGGGGGGGGGGGGGGGAUAUAGAAGUAUUUUUGUAUUGUAAACUGUAGCAUUGUAAGAUGAAGUUGGGGGUUUUUUUUGGGGGGGGGGGGGGAUAGAACUAUUUUUGUAUACCGUGGAAUCAUUAUAAUUCGUGGUGGCUCAAUAUUCGUGGAAUUCGUGAGUACCCCUCACUCACGAAUUUACAUCCUCAACAAAUAAAGACAUUCCAGAGUUAUCGUUCUUACAAAUAUAUAAAUAGACUAAAUUACGUUUCCAUGAACCCAGAAAUCAACGAAAAUUGACCCCCACGAAUUUAAAUGAUUCUACAGUAUUGAUGCAUCACGUAUUGUACAGAGUUUUAUUGUAAUCUGCGUGUAUUGCAAUAGGUAGUUGUAAAUCUGAUUACAUUGGUUAUUACAUUAUUACGAUAUUAUUGCUGUAGAUUAAUCAUUGCUCUGAGUGUAUAUUGACCCAUUACAGGAUGCUGCUGGUUAAUACAUUAUUUUACUGGUCAACAAUUACUUUGUUACACAGUGAAAUCAUCAUUGCAGUACCCAUUGUGUUAAUGCAUUGUUACAUUAAUUUCAUGAUUGUAACGUUUUGUAAUUUUACCCAGAAACUCUUUCUUUGUAUUGUAAUCAAACGUAUUAGUGUAAAUGUGAUAUUGUAAUCAAACGUAUUACAGUGUAAAUGUGAUAUUGUAAUCUUGUGUAUUACACUGUAAAUGUUAUAUUAAAGGGAUUGAUUCACGAUUUUCCCCCAAAUUUUCUUUUUGACUUUUAAUGAUCAAAAUCUACUGUCUAAUGUGUUUAAAAGAGUUCACAUAAAAGUUAAGGUUAUACAUUAUCACAGAAGCUCAUUUUAGAGAGUUUAUUAUUUGUUUUGUAAACAAAGAUUGCCUUUUGUCAUUGUUUGCGAAAUUUUUAAAACAAAUGGAUAUCGAUCUAAGUUUAUUAUAUCUUUCGCAUUUCGAGCAUUUUUGGGGUAAAAUGUGUCAUCUAAAAGUUGAAAUUUGUGACUAUGCAAAAUUAAGAUGCUUUAUAUUACAAAAUCAAUAUUUCACUUGUUUGUUUGUAUACAUUAAAAGACUCGAGUCUUUGUUUACAUAACACAGAUUUAAGGCUAAAAUUUUGCUUUUAUUCUUGCAUUCAGAAGGUCAAAAUUUUGGCUGUCAACAUUAAAUGAGUUAUAUUUUUAAUGUUUACCAUCAAAAAUGAGAAAUAUUUUUAUCAAAAAUCGUGAACCAGUCCCUUUAAUGUAGAAUAAGUAUAUGAUGUAAUCAGUGCUGAAUUUAAGGAGAGACAGACAGACAGACAGACAGAGUAAGAUAUCUACAAAGUGUAACACAGACUUACAAACCAGAUCCCUGUAAGGGAAAAGGAUUUCUAGUUUUUGAUGUUGGUUAUUGAUGUUUUUUUAUUAUUUUACUUUUUUUUAUCAUGCACUUUUGAAACAAAUGCUUUCUAAAACUGAAGCUGUUUUGGUAAAAAUUUGAAGGAAAAAACCAUUUGUAUGCACCUCGAACAACACCGUGGAAAUGUCAAAGGUGGAAGUCCCAACUACGUUUUCUGUAUGUAUUUUAACCUCAAUAUCAUGAACCCAUAGAUAUCUUGAAGUUUUUCUUGGCACCAUAAAGUUCAAGAUAAGGAGGUUUGACCGUUGUAAAUCAUUUCAUCUUCAUGUGAACUAUUUCAUCUUCACAUGAAUUAUUUCAUCUUCACAUGAAUUAUUUCAUCUUCAUGUGAAUUAUUUCAUCUUCACAUGAAUUAUUUCAUCUUCAUGUGAAUUAUUUCAUCUUCACAUGAAUUAUUUCAUCUAUAUGUGAAUCAUUUCAUCUUCAUGUGAAUUAUUUCAUCUUCACAUGAAUUAUUUCAUCUUCAUGUGAAUUAUUUUAUCUUCAUGUGAAUUAUUUCAUCUUUAAGUGAAUUAUUUGGCAUACACAGCAGAUGCAGACAAUGGAAAUCGUGAAAUGUCGGACAGGAAAAAAACUUGGUAGAGACUUGUAUCUAUAGAUGUGUUGAAACAGAAAGUUCUUGUAAAAAUGGUCACUCAUUAAGUCCUGACCCGUGCUGUAUGUAAGAAUGGUCACUCAUUUAGUCCUGACCCGCCCUGUAUGUAAGAAUGGUCACUCAUUUAGUCCUGACCCAUGCUGUAUGUAAGAAUGGUCACUUAUUUAGUCCUGACCCGUGCUGUAUGUAAGAAUGGUAACCUAUUUAGUCCUGACCCGCCCUGUAUGAGGAUCAUUAGUUUCUAUUAUAAAUGUCCUUAGUGAACAUCUUUAUCAGCUUUUGUUGCUUAACUUUGUUUGACCAGUCCUUUUAUUAACAAAAUAUAGGUCAGACCAUUUUCAUUGCAUAGAUUUAGUUGUGAGCAAUUUACAAGGUGCGCUUAGCACUGCGUAUGUCAGAAACCCACUACAAUUCCGAUCUCCAAUUGUAAUUUUGAUUUCUUGGAUAACUCGUUUCACAAAUCAUCUGAAGGAUUAGACAGUAUUCACCGUUUCUCUCAAAGAAUUCGUAUUUGUCAUUGUUUUUCUUUUCUUGGAAUUGAAGACUUCCAACUCGUGAAGGUAAAAUACUCAGACAGAAAUUACAAGAUUAGGGCUGAUGAUAUACUCAAUGAUUUUUGUUUUCUCCGUUUCAUGAUUGAUCAUUUUGUGUAAAUCAUGUUGAUAUUUAAGAGAUUUUGAACAAUGUGUUGAACAUUUAAUACAAGUGGUGUUGCAUUACAAAGAGAAAGUCAGUUGAAAAGUUUGAGAGAGAGAGUUGAUAGCAAGCCCCCAUGGGUGUGAGUUGAUUGCAAGCUCCCGUGGGGGGAGGGAUGAUCGCAAGCUUCGAUGGGUGUGGGGAGGGUCAAUAGCAAACUUCCUUGGGGGAGGGUCGAUGGCAAGCUUUCAUGGGGGAAGGUGGAUAGCAAACUCCCAUGGGGAGGGAGUUGAUGGCAUGCACCCUGUAGAGAGAGCUUUGGAAGGAAUGCUGAAUUAGAAAUUCACUCCUUGAUGACCGAUAAGAAUCUUGUAUUUGAUGUUGGUUUGACAUGCUGUACAGUUUAUGUGUGACCUGAGAUUUAUUGGACUGUGUUGGGACACAAUGUGAUAUGGCGUCUGUUUAGAUGUGUAUGUAGUCGGAGCUGAUUCUAGGUGCAGUCUGUCCUUAGCUGUUAGUCACUGGAAAUGCUAGUAGAACAAUGAUAGUUACCCUUAAAACUUACAUGAAUGCUAUAUUUCAUUGCUUGAUCAACAUUUACGUGUACAGUUUGUUGUCCCUUACAAAGCGGAAAUUGUGAGGAAAUCGUAGUCAAAGUGUUAACUGCUUUUGUAAAAUUUUGUCUUGUUUCAUUGUGCAUUGAUUAAUUAAGGGGGAAUAACUCAUCAGAGGAAAUUAAUAUGGACGGAAAGUGACAGAUCUGUAGGAUGAUCUAUUAGAUUCUAAAACGUUAAAAGAUUAUUCACUUCAUUAAAUGAAAGAAUACUUUUGAUACAAAAACACCUGGGGGAAAUUUCACCCUCUACAAGGUAGACAGUGUCCUUAAGCUAACCAACUGUGCAGUUAAAUUUAAAACAACAGAAUAUAUAUUACAGAUUUUUUUUUAUGUGUGUUACAAUAGGAUGUUGUCCACUAAUGUAAAUACUUCACGUCAUCCACAUAUAAAAAAAAAAGAACCGUGUUCAUUUCUGGUUCACCUCAUUGUAAUAACUGAUGGCAAUAUCGCAUGUAAUGCAGUAUUUUUUUUUUUAUUUUUUAUUUUUUUUUUGUUACUUUCUUCAUUAUUACGACAUCAGGUCAUUGUAUGAGCUACAAUUAAAAUAGUUUUAUUACCAAAAACAGGAAGAAUGGAGUUGUUUUUUUUUUGUCAGUGAGAUCAUGUUUUCUUUCCUCAUGAGUUAAUUCCGGAGUACGGGAAUAUUGGGAUAAGCUGGGUUGACUGUCAGUGACAGUGCUCAUGUGUUUGAAAAAGUUAUUUUUACCUUUGAUGGUAGUCGCAAAAGAAACAGUUGUAUCAAAAGAAACCAGGCAAGUUCUGGAUAAACUUCAUAUAUAGUGGUUUAUCCAUGUUAAACACAGUGUCUUUACACCUUGGAGGAUUUUCUCUGCUUAGUGUAUUUUUACUCAGAAUCAAAUACUUGUUUUCUAGCUUCCGUGUAUACUCCCUAUAUUGUUGAUCAUGUUUAUCAUAGAAUGUUUACAUGUGUUUUUCUUAAUUUUGUCAGUACAUUUAGUCAUAUCAUUUUAUUCAUCCGUCAGAGAAAAACUGGAUGUCAAUUUCGGAACUGAAAUGACAUGAUUGAUAUUAAACGGUCAGAAAUGAGGUUGUUGAGAACAAUUUGAAAUGUUGGUAUAUUUUUGAAACGGCUAAAAGUUUGUUCAGUAUCCCUGCAGCCCGAGAUUAUUAUUAGAUUGUUAUUUCAUUUGUAUAGGUUGUACUAAAACAUUCCAGUGAUAACAAUGGUUGUUAAAGUGAUGGUCCUUGCAUUACACCUCUUGUUGUGACAACAAUAUAUUUUAUCUAUAAUACAUGUACAUGUAUCUUUAUGUGAUGGUUGAAAACACUGUAUACAAAGCAUUUUUCAUUAUACUCUAUUUUUUUUUAUUCUGUAUUUAUAUGUGUCUAUUAUAUAUACAUCUGUGCUUUGUGCUGAUUUUGAGUUUAAUAUAUAUAUAUAUAUAUAUGGAUAUAUUUUUGCUUUAUAUGAGCUUAAAAAGCAAGCAUUCCAUGUGAGAAAUAGGAUAUAUUUUGCAAUAAAUGUGACGCAAUUUA